AUGGCCGCCCUUGACUGGCGGACUAACCUGGAUGGGGGUGUCCGAUGUGUGUGUGUUGUUCCUCCCAAACGUGGUGGAUGCACUAGACCAACAAGGGGGACGUAUCGGAGUCUGGUAGGCGGCAUAAGUCUCAUCGACGUUUCUGCGAAGAGCUUCGCUAUUGUCCUACUCAGGCGAUUCCAGGCUGUGCGUGACUCAAGGACGAGGCCCAACCAAGCCGGAUUUCGUGCUGAACAUGGAUGCGCAGAUCAGAUAUUCACACUGAGGCGCAUUCUCGAAUUUCGGCAUAGCUACCAAAAACCGACGGCCGUCUGCUUCGUUGACUUUGCCGCCGCGUUCGAUUCCCUUCACCGUCAGUCCCUGUGGCGGAUAAUGGCGCUAGAUGGUGUACUGGCAAAAAUAAUCGUCAUGAUCAAGACUUACUAUCGCUCCACUACUGCGAGAGUCCUGGUCCGUAACAAUCUUUCCCAACCGUUCGGUAUUCGGUCUGGCGUCCGACUGGGUUGUAUACUGUCGCCCAUACUGUUCAACUACGCUAUUGACUGGGUCCUCGGGAGGGUCCUACGCGACAGUGACGGCGUUGAAUUUGCACUCGGACAUCGACUGACUGAUCUGGACUAUGCCGUUGAUAUCGCCUUACUUGCGUCAAGUUUUGGUGAUCUGCAGUCUAUGGUGUCACGGGAGAACGAGGUCGCUAAAUCAGUCAGUUUGUCCAUAAACGCUGCGAAGACCAAAGUAUUCUCCAGCUGCAUCCCUGACCAGGAGAAGGCACCCCUGGGGAUUGAUGGCUGUCAACUUGAAGAAGUGGACAGUUUUAAAUACCUCAGUGCGAGGCUGCUGCCUAAUGGACAGAGUAAGGACGACAUCGUCUCCCGAAUCGAUGCUACCCGCUGGGUUUUCUCAAGCCUUCGGAAAUGCCUAUGGAUCUGA